GGCCGGAGCGGGAAGAUGGCGCUGCGGGCAGGGCCCGGCGCGGGGGGAGGAGGCGGCGGUGGAGGCGGAGGGGCGCCGGGGGGCGGCGGGGCGCCGGGAGGAGCGGGGGGAGCCAGCUUCAUGUUUCCUGUCGCAGGUGGCUUGGGCCCCCCUCAAGGGAUGAUUCCUAUGCAACAGCAAGGAUUUCCAAUGGUUCCUGUCAUGCAGUCCAACAUGCCAGGCAUGAUGGGAAUGAAUUACGGGUCUCAGAUGCCUCCCGGACCUAUGGCCAUGCAGGGGGGCAUGCCCUUGGGUACGAUGCCAGCAGCUGGAAUGCCUUACAUGGGCCAGGCUUCUUUCCUGGGAAUGCGUCCAGCAGCCCCGCAGUACACCCCUGACAUGCAGAAGCAGUUUGCAGAAGAACAGCAAAAGAGGUUUGAGCAUCAGCAGAAGUUCUUAGAAGAAGAACGAAAGCGGCGCCAGUUUGAAGAGCAGAAGCAAAAGUUGAGGCUCCUGAGCAGUGUGAAACCUAAGGCAGGUGAAAAAAGCAGGGAUGAUGCACUGGAAGCCAUUAAAGGAAAUUUAGAUGGUUUUUCUAGAGAUGCUAAGAUGCACCCAACACCAGCGUCACACCCAAAAAAGCCAGGCUCUUCCUUGGAGAAAGUCUUAGAUAAUGGCUCAAAUGAAUCUGAACAAGAGCAAACCAAACUUAAAACAUCUGAAGUUGGGCACAAAGCCUCAGCUGCGGGACAAGUUCACCCCAGUCUAGGCAUCAAUGACUGGGAUGUUGUAGGUGGACACGAAAGUGGUGCCACAGCUGCAGAGGCGCACAAGGCUUCAGAACAAAACAUAGCAGUUGAAGAGUGUGGAGUUGGAGUAUUCCCUUCACAGGACCCAAUUCAGCAAAUGUUGCCUCCUUGGAUUUACAACGAUAGUUUGGUCCCAGAGCUGUAUAAGAAAAUUUUAGAAACCACUUUGACUCCUGCUGGAAUAGAUACAGCUAAGCUGUAUCCCAUCCUGAUGUCGUCUGGAUUGCCCAGAGAGACUCUUGGACAAAUAUGGGCUUUAGCCAACCGUACCACCCCUGGGAAGCUCACGAAAGAAGAGCUGUACUCCGUCCUGGCUAUGAUAGCGGUAACACAGAGAGGAAUACCUGCAGUGAGUCCUGAUGUGUUAAACCAGUUUCCAGCUGCCCCUGUCCCCACUUUAACUGGAUUUCCGAUGCCGCUGCCUGCCACAGUAAGCCAGCAGCCUCUGAUGCCCUCUGGACCACCACCUGUCUCCAUGCCUCUUAGCAUGGGACCAGCUGUGAUAGGAAUGAACAUAACGGCACCAGCGGGUGGAGCUGCAGCACAGCCUUCGGGAGCUUUCAUGCCAUCCUACCCGCCAAGUCAGGUAGUAAAACCAGAAGAUGAUGACUUCCAAGAGUUUCAAGAUGCUUCAAAGUCUGGCUCACUAGAUGAAUCUUUCACUGAUUUCCAAGGGGAUGGAGCUGGCUCCUCCAAAGCAACCAGUUCACAGCAUCGGAGCAGUGUUCCUUCUUUACUAAUGCCACUCCCAGGUAAUAAGACACUCUCAUCAACUGAUAAGUAUGCUGUGUUUAAAGGAAUUGCAGCUGAGAAGCCUGAAAGUACAGCUACUUUUGGAGACUGUGGGGACAAGUAUAGUGCUUUCCGUGAAUUAGAACAACCAUCAGAGACCAAAUACAUAGGAGAUAACCUUGCAGAAUUCAAGUCUGCAGCAACCGAUGAUGGCUUCACAGAUUUUAAAACUGCCGACAGUAUCCCACCAUUAGAGCCGCCUACAAAAGACAAAACUUUCCCUACAUCCUUCCCUUCUUUGCCUAUUCAGUCAAAACAGCAAACACAAGCUAAGCCCUCUUUGAAUCUAGCAGACUUGGAUCUUUUUUCCUCUACUGGAGAAAACAAGCAGCUCUCCUUCCCGCCUGCAUUUAACGCGUCAAAAUCGUCCUCCUCCUUUCCUCCACCACCACUUCCAUCUACCACUGCGCAGCCAGCACCUAGCAAAAGUUCGAGCUUAGCUGAUGAGUUUGGAGAGUUCAACCUUUUUGGGGAAUUUUCUAAUUGCACAUCAGCCAGUGGACAAGAUGACUUUGCAGAUUUUAUGGCUUUCAACAAUAGCGGUGGAUUUUCUGAACAAAAACCAGACGACAAAUACAAUGCACUUAAGCUAGAGGCCAGCCCUGUUCCUCAGCCCGGCUCAUCUGCCAGCACGGUGAAGAGUGGGCAGAAUUCAGCCACCUCUGCUACGCCCACCAAAUACGAUAUCUUCAAACAGCUUUCUCUGGAAGGCUCUGGAGCAGGCUUUGAGGAGGGGAAGGACAACACGCUUUCCUCAGUGAAGAGUGACGAUGAUUUUGCUGACUUUCACUCCAACAAGUUUUCUUCCACGUGCAGCAGCACAGAUAAGUCCCUGGUGGACAAAGUCGCAGCUUUCAAGCAGGCCAAAGAAGACUCUGCGUCAGUGAAGUCUCUGGAUCUCCCGUCUAUUGGCGGCAGCAGUGUUGGCAAGGAGGAUUCUGAAGAUGCGUUGUCUGUUCAGUUUGACAUGAAACUGGCUGAUGUGGGAGGAGAUCUUAAGCAUGUCAUGUCUGAUAGCUCUUUGGAUUUGCCAACAGUUAGUGGCCAGCAUCCACCAGCAGCAGAUAUAGAUGACUUAAAAUGUGCCCCGUUUGGAAGCUAUAACAGUGGGUCUGCAGUCAGCAGCCUGGCAAGCUACGACUGGUCCGACAAAGAAGACAUUCACCAGAGCAAGAAGUUCUCCUCCUUUGUCCAGGCUUCGGGAAGCGGAUCCUCUGCAGCUACCUCUGUUCUUCAGAAGAAGGAGACUUUGUUUGGCAGUUCAGAAAACAUUACCAUGACAACCGUUUCCAAAGUGACAACCUUUUCUAGCGAGGAUGCAUUGCAGGAUGUUUCGUUUGCAGCCUUUGCAAACUUUAAGGACUCCGGACCAAUAUCCAGCGGUCCAAGUGAUGAUGACAUUGGAGACUUUGGUGAUUUUGCAAGACCUUCAUCAGAGGCGCAGGAUGCAGCAGCCGACACAAGUCAAGAGGCAGACUUCCUUGCUACUGGCAUCUCUUCCGAAAUGCGCAGGGAGUCCACGGAUGACUUUGGAGAAUUCCAAAGUGAAAAGCCAAAAAUUAGCAAAUUUGACUUCUUGGUGGCAACUUCCCAAGGCAAGAUGAAAUCUAGUGAAGAAAUGAUCAAGAGUGAGCUGGCUACCUUUGACCUGUCUGUUCAAGGGUCUCAUAAAAGGAGUUUAAGCCUAGGUGACAGAGAAAUAAGCCGCUCUUCACCUCUACCAGUUUUGGAGCAGCCGUUUAGAGAUCGUUCAAACACCCUGAGUGAGAAGCCGGCCUUGCCUGUCAUCAGAGACAAAUACAAAGACCUGACCGGGGAAGUUGAGGAAAGUGAGAGAUACGCGUAUGAAUGGCAAAGAUGCUUGGAGAGUGCCCUGCAAGUCAUAAAGAAAGCAAACGAUACCUUAAAUGGAAUAAGCAGUUCAUCUGUUUGCACUGAAGUUAUCCAGUCUGCUCAAGGCAUGGAAUAUUUACUAGGGGUUGUUGAAGUCUAUAGAGUAACAAAGAGAGUUGAACUGGGUAUCAAAGCAACAGCUGUCUGUAGCGAGAAACUCCAACAGCUGCUGAAGGAUAUUGACAAAGUAUGGAACAACCUAAUAAGCUUCAUGUCACUUGCUGCUUUAACGCCAGAUGAAAACUCACUGGAUUUCUCUUCUUGUAUGCUGCGUCCAGGGAUUAAAAAUGCCCAAGAUCUUGCCUGUGGAGUGUGCCUCCUAAAUGUGGAUUCAAGAAGUAAAAAAGAAGAGAAACCUGUGGAAGAGCUUCCUAGAAAAGCCUUUAAUUCAGAAACGGAUAAUUUUAAGCUGGCGUAUGGAGGACACCAAUACCACGCCAGCUGUGCAAACUUCUGGAUCAACUGCGUGGAGCCAAAGCCUCCGGGUCUCAUUUUGCCCGACCUGCUCUGAAAGCGGUCACACAGAAGGUGGAGUAUCGGGUCUGAAAAUGCACCUUGCCUGGGGUCAAUGGUGCGAUAGAGUAAGUGGAAAGGCUUCUUGGAGCUGUGGCUAGGGUUUGAAAUGCUUUGUUUUGAUUUCUGUGCAACAGUGGAUUAAAGCCACUCUCGCAUAUGGAAGUUCCCCGUGAAGAAUUGUACUUGAAAUGGCUGGGUUUCAGAAAUAACCAGAAAAAAAAGGUGGAGUGGCACAAAAUGUGGCGUUUCUUUCUCAAUAUGAAAGCGGGUAGGUCUCUGUGAAACAAACAAACAAAAAGCCAGUCUGCUGUCGGAGUGUACAGACCUCUGUGAGAGGACAGCACCUAGUUUCCAAGACAAACUGAAAUGCUAGACUGACUUGCAUGGAAGUGACACUUAAAGACUACAUAUUUGCAAACAAAUCUUUUCUUAAUGUUUUGGGUGGCUGGAUCAUGAUAUUUUUCUUUAAAUAUUUGCUGCUACAUUAUUACAAUGCACACAAUGCACAUGUCAUGGUAACUUCCAAGGCAAAAUGAAUUACUGACUUGGAAGGAAUUAGACUGUAGAGAGCCUUUGUUUAUUUAAAUUUUCAACUGUUCUGAAUUGUAAAUUAUUAUAAAGUAUUCAUAUGCUUAACUGGUUAGUACUGGGGGUUAAGAACAUGGAAAAAUUGUUUAAAUUUUCUCUAUCAUAUCUGGACUCUUUAGUACGGGCAACUGGAUUUUAAAACUAGAAAUCUUUGCUGUUCUGUUGUAAAUACUGGCUAAAGUCUGCUCUUGGACUUGUCCUGGACUACAGGUGUGGUUUGUUACGCUUCUGACACUGUGGUAGUUGUGUGGCUGCAUCACUGCUGAAAACUGGACUCCGCUGAUACUGCGUGUCUGCUCCUGUACAUAGUCCCUUUUUUGUGUGUUACCUGCUUCCCCUGAUGGGACUCAUGCAGCUAACUUGUGCAAUCCAGUGCUGUCUGUGAGAACGCGUUUUCCUGGCUCAGAACUGGCAGUGCAAGGAGGCCCUUAGCUCCUACUGCAGGUGGGUGUGAUCUAACGCCGAAAAUUGGGCUUAAGCAGACUGCUUUUUGAGGCAGGCUGUCAUUUUGUUGCUUAUGGUAGGUACACCUAUCCGAUAGGAAGAGAUUAGUGUGAUAGACCAUCACAAAGUGUUGCCCAUAAACUUAAAGUAACCGCUUCUUUCUUUCAAUAUGAUGACAGUGCCAUCAGCUCAGUGAUAGUUACAGAACUUCAAACCCACUGGGAGCUUCGUGGCAUUAUUUUAAGAGCCUUACCACUACACAUCCUGUUCAGUUUGCUUCGUUCUUUAACUUCAGUUUAACUCAGUUCUCUAGAAAAUCUCUUUUCUCCAAAGAUAUCAACAGCUUUUUCAAGCUAGUCUUGCCUUCAUUGCGAGUAGCUGACAUUGACAAGUAAUUAUUUGCUGAAAUCAAAAUUACAAAGAGGAAGAUUGCCCUCUCUUUGGUGGAAGAAGAUAAGGUCAGGGAACACUUGAGCAAACUGGACUGUCACAAGCCCAUGGGCAACACGAGUCAGCAACGUGGCCUUGCUGCCAAGAAGGUCAGUGGUAUUUGGGCUGCAUUAGGCAAAGCAUCGCCAGCAGGUCCGGAGAGGUGCUCGCUCCCCUCUGCUCUGCGCUGGUGAGGCCUCACCUGGAGCUCUGUGCCCAGGUCUGGAUCCCCCAGUAAAAGAGAGACCUGGACAUACUGGGAAGAGCCCAGUGGAGGGCCACCGAGAUGCUCAGGGGACCGGAGCACCUCUCCUGUUAUGAGAGGCUGAGAGAGCUGGGAUGUUCAGCCUGGAGAAGAGGGGGCUCGAGGGGAUCUCAUCCAUGCCUAUAGACACCUGCAGGGAGGAUGCGAAGGGGAUGGAGCCAGGCUCUGUUUGGUGGUGCCCAGUGCCUGGACAAGAAGCAGUGGGCACAAAUGAACACAGGAGGUUGUCAGGAAACACUGCAGGUGUCACAGCCCUGGUACAGGCUGCCCGAGGGGCUGGGGGCUCCUCUGGGAGAGCUCCAGCAGCCCCCUGGAUGUGGGGCUGGGGUGGCACCAGAGGGACCCUGAGGUCCCUGCCAGCCUCAGCCAGUCUGUGAUUUAAAAAAAAAAUGAGAAGAAUUAGCUAUACUACACAAUUAAUUAUGCCAAAUUAAAGAAUCUUGGCUAAUAAGAGUGUUAGGUGUCCGGCCCCUUGUUUACCCAAAUUAAAAUAAAUCUUUCUCCUGCCUGAAAUUAAGCUUAUUCAUAAACUCAGCAACUUGUGCCUCCAGUUGCAAGCUCAAGCUAAUCAAGUGGCAGAUUGUCAAUAGUGCGACAGUGACUGCUUGCCUUCUGCUGCCCAGUAAUUAUCAAAAAAGGGGAAAAAAAAAAAAAAAAAAAGCAGUCAGUCUUUGCUUGCUCUCUAAUUCGUGUAUUAGGUGUGAAAUAGUUCCAGUAGCCUGCACCAUAGCUGUUGACCACAUCCAUCGGUUUCCCCUCGUAAUUAGGGGCUGCUGGGUACCAGUGGAAGUGCUCCCAUUGAUGGUCGGGGGCUGCGCAGCACAGGUGAGCCAGCACUUGCCUUUGCACGCUGAGCUACAGAAGCACUUAAGCAUUGUCUGGCUUCAAGCAAAUGCCUCGCCUUGCUGCUAGCAAGGGGACUUGUCGAGUGGUUUUUGUAUCUGGCUGACGCAAAGGCUGCUGCUGCUUAUGAAAAUGCUAUAUUGGGAAAAGGGAAUUUAUUGUUAGCACGGGCUUCCACCACAGCUCCUGAACACUUAACCGGGUACGUGUUCUUUUCUAAUUAAAAGAGAAUGCCACACACACACACACACAAAGGCCACAAUGUGAAACUUAAAGCAACCAAUAUUUCAAAUGCAGUCGGAGAUGUGCUGUCAUAAAAGCCUUUUCCAGUGAUGUUUUUCCUGCCACGUACUUAUUAAGCGAGUUCCCUCUCUAAGCUGUAGCCGGUGCGGCUUUUGGCCCAUAAAAGUAAGGAAUCGACAUUUACAAUUAUAAUUGCAGCAGAGCUUACUGAAGUAUGACACUGCCAGGCACUUGCUCCCUACAGAAGGGAGAGCAGCAGGCAAUAUUAAUGCGUUCGUGGCAAGCAGGAGCCGUUGUUCUGAACACCUUUACGUCAUGGGAAUACAUCAAAUGUUUUACAUGCAGAUCCCCUUGAUAAAGGCGUUGCACAACGAGGAUCGUUUCCCUCCCAUACCCCAGUCAUUAAAAUGACUCACUGUUGCAUUCAGCAUCUCCUCAGCCAUCGCACUGCUAGCCAGAGCCCGCUGUCCUUGCAAUCUGUAUCCAAGGUUACAGGAUUUUCUACAGUGCAUUGUACCAGACCAUGUUCCCCUGCCUCCUUUGCAUACAGGCUAAUGGCCAUGCUGCCUUCUGCUUUGGCUGUGCUGAGUUUGAUAAAUACAGCUCCUCUUGCUGGAUGUACUCUUUCCUUAGGAAAAAAAAAAAAAAAGAAACCUGGUUUUCUUCUUCCUUUUUUUUUAAUGUGUGUGUUCUCUGGAGCUGCCUUGGGAUUACCUAUGAAAAGUGAUUUUUCUAUGUAUUUGUGUAUAUUUGGAGCUGUAAGAGAUUGUUCCUUUGCUUGAUUUAAUUUAUAUCAUUUUGCCCAGUUGUGUUCCUGAUGCUUCUGUGCUAUCUUAGUGCUUUUUGGCUUUUCCUCGGUGGCAGGAGUGCUCGGGAGCAACCCAACUGUUCCAGCCUGUGUCCUGCCCGGCCGCUGUUGCGUUUUGUUUCGAGUACCUUCGCGAGCUUGUUGUGUUUGCUGUGUAGCAGCUGGGAGGUUAUUUGUGGCGUGGGAAUUGUUACGUCCUGCUCUUGAACAUUCCUCUGAAUUUUCAGCUCCGGCAGCAGCUUCCCUUCACCUGGGUUUGCUUUCAGCAGCUCCUUGAGAGCGGUGCAGCAGAAAUGAGGGGCGAGUGGAGCUCGGUAAAACCCAACGAAUGCUGUUUUCUGGUUAGCUUCAUGUCAGACUAAUUAAACUUGAAACAAAAACUGCCUUUUCAAUAAAAGCUGCUAUUGUACUAA